AUGUCCCCACACACAGUGCACACCAACGUUGGCGUCUGGGGGCCUACUGCUCGCUCCUUCAACCCCGACCGUUGGCUUGUUCCAAAUGCCAAGACUCUUGAACAGUAUCAUGUUCCCUUUUCCAAGGGAUACAGAAUGUGCAUUGGUCAAAAUCUAGCUACAGCUAAGGGAAUCACCAUCUUCCACGAAACUUGGCUGGAGAAACCCACUUUGAUGAAGCGAUACCUAGAGCUUGAUGACGUCGAAGAAAUUGACUACAUAUUGAUAUCUCACGCCCACUUUGAUCAGUGA